GUGGGUGCCCGGAGCUGGCGAAGCAGGAGCUGGCGGAGCCCCGCGCGCUCGGCCGGUGGCCUGCACGCCCCGCGGUGCGGGCUGCACCCUCGGGUUCCCCCACGGCUCUGGAGCCGGACCCGCGUUCCCCGCAUCUCAACAGGUCAAGGGAGGUGACGAGGACGCCCCGGAGGACCAAAGAAGCUGGAAGAUGAGUGCCACCCACUGACAGCAGCAAUGGCUUUUAAGGACAGCAGCGGCAGCAGCCUGUACAAUGAAGAUAGAAACCUGCUUCGAAUCAGAGAGAAGGAAAGACGCACCCAAGAAGCUCCCCAGGAGAAAGUGCUGUUCCCCGAGAAGGCCCCGCUGUUCGCAGAGCCCUACAAGACUGCAAAAGGCGAUGAGCUGUCGAGCCGGAUCCAGAACAUGCUAGGCGACUAUGAGGAGAUGAAGGAGUUCCUGAGCACCAAGUCCUGCCCCCCGCACCUGGGUGGCUCCGAAGACAGGCCAGGGAAGCCGAGGUACCCUUCCUUCCACGACAGAGGCAGCAGCGUGGCACCCAGCUCCUUCCGCACACACGUCUACCACCAGCCUACCCACACUUCCGCCCCUGGGUCACUUUCCGUCAGCAACAUUAGCCACAGUCCAAAGAUGGCACAGCCAAGGAUGGAACCAGUGCCAAGCCUCCAUGCCAAAAGCUACGGUACGCCCGACGGCCCACAUCUGCCUCAGGAUCGCCUCAGUCAGGGCCAUUGUUCCAGAACGUGUGACCGCAGAGCUGACGGAGACUCGGCCCCGGAGCGGAAGCUCUCGCCCUCAGUCUCUUUGCCAUCCCCGGUGACCCCUUUGUCACCUGUACAUUCCAGGCUGCAAGGAGCCAGCAAGGCUCACAGCACUGGCACCAGCAGUAAAAGCUACUGUGCAGCCACGUCUUCCAAGGACCUGGUGGUGAAGGGCCAGGAUAAAGAGACUCCUCACGACAGUUUGGUGGCAGUCACCAGCCUCGGAGUGGCCCCCCAACCACCUUGUCAGACAUUUCCACCCCCUCCCCUCCCCUCCAAAAGUGUUGCAAUGCAGCAGAAGCCCACGGCGUACGUCCGGCCCAUGGACGGUCAGGAUCAGGCUCCCACCGAGUCCCCUGAGCUGAAGCCGCCACUGGAGGACUAUGGUCAGCAAAGUUUUGAGAAACCAGACCUUAAAGUGCCUGCCAAAGCCAAGCUGGCCAGACUAAGGAUGCCCUCGCAGUCGGUGGAGCAGACGUACCCCAGUGAAGUUCACUGUGUCGAGGAGAUCCUGAAGGAAAUGACCCACUCAUGGCCGCCUCCUCUGACAGCCAUCCACACGCCCAGUACCGCCGAGCCGUCCAGGUUUCCUUUCCCGACAAAGGAGCCUCUGCACAGCAGCUCUGCAACCCAAAGCCAAAAACAGUAUGAUGCGCCUUCAAAAACCCACCCUAAUUCCCAGCAAGGAACAUCCAUGCUCGAGGAUGACCUGCAACUCAGUGAUAGUGAAGACAGUGACAGCGACCAAGCCGCCGAGAAGCCUCCGAGCCCACCUGCACCUCCAAGCGCUCCACAGACGCUUCCCGAACCCGUGGCAUCGGCACAUUCCAGCAGCGCGGAGUCGGAGAGCAGCGAGUCGGACAGCUCCUCAGACUCGGAGAGUGAGAGCAGCUCCAGCGACAGCGAGGAAAACGAGCCCCUGGAAGCCCCAGCUCCCGAGCCCGAGCCUCCAACAACAACAAACAAAUGGCAGCUGGACAACUGGUUGACCAAAGUCAGCCAGCCCGCCGCUUCCCUUGAGGGUCGAGGGAGCACGGAGUCUCCACGCUGGCGCCAGGAAAGUAAGGGUGGUGGUGACCACAGCACUGACCAGCAGCAUCCUGAAUCCAAAGACCCUUCCCCCAAGAGUUCCAGCAAAGCUCUCCGGGGUCCCUCUGAGGGGCCACAGCCUGGGAAGAGAAGCUGUCAGAAAUCCCCUGCUCAACAGGAGCCCCCGCCUCGGCAAACUCUCGGCAGCAAACAACUCAGAAAACCCACCAAGGGCUCUGGCCAGGCAGAGCCCCAGGCCAGCUUGCAGGUGGAGAGCGAACCAGGACCCCUUCCCUAUGGCUCAAAAGAGCAGACUUCCAAAGACAAACCCAAGGUGAAGACGAAAGGCAGACCGCGUGCUGUGGGCAGUAGGGAGCCGAAGCCCGAGGCUCCUUCGCCCAUGCCUCAGGCAGCCGGGCCCAUGCCCAUCGAGAAGAGGAAGCAUAAGCGCUCCCCAGCCCCCUCCAAGGCCCUCCCAGGCCCUCAGGCCCCAAAGGACAGUGCUGGGGACAGCAACCCCAAGCACUCUGCUCCUGUCUCCUUGACCCAGAGCCAGGGUUCACUCCACAGUGGCAGGGGCAGUGGCGUCAGGACUAGUGGCUGCCGACAGGCUGUCAUUGUCCAGGAGGAUGGUGGAAAAGACAAACUCCUGUUGCCUUUGAGAGACACCAAACUGCUCUCGCCGCUCAGGGACGAGCCACCACCGACAAGCUUGGUGGUGAAGAUCACCCUUGACCUUCUCACUCGGAUUCCCCAGCCCCUGGGGAAGGGGAGCCGCCCCAGGAAAGCAGACGACAAGCAGCUGCCGGCUGGGAAGAAGCAGGACCUGGAGAAGAGGAGCUGCGACAGCUCCAGGAGGAUGACCAAGAAGAGGAAGGGUGACCCAGAAAAAGACCACGAUAGCAAGAAAAUCAGACUGGAGAAGGAACUCAAAUCGCAGACUGCAUCGUCUUCCUCUUCCCACACAGAAUCUUCCAAAACAAAGACCCCCAGGCCCUCCUCAGAGUCCUCAAGAAAGGAAAUGCUUCCUCCUCUACCUGUGUCAGCCUCCUCCUCGUCUUCCUCCUCCUCGUCUUCCUCCUCCCAGAAGCCAAGCAAACCUGCACACAAGCGGUCAAAGCCGGAUGCAGACACCUGUAGCCAGGACCCUCCCCGAAGUGCCAGCAGUACCAAGAGCAGCUCCAAGGACUCCUCUGUUCCCAAGCACAGAAAAGUCCAGGCCAGGGGCUCUGAGCACAAAGGAUCUUCUGAAGAUGCUGCAAAUCCUUUUCCAGUGCCUUCUUUGCCAAACGGUAACUCUAAGUCAGGGAAGCCACAAGGCAAGUCUGACAGACAGCAAGCUGAUUUUCACAUGAAGGAGGCUAAGAAGUUGAAGUGCAAAGCUGAGGCAAUGGCGGACAAGGCCGGAAAGGCCUUCAAGUAUUUGGAGGCUGUCGUGGCUUUUAUUGAGUGUGGGAUGGCCAUGGAGUCCGAAAGCUCGGCAAAGUCCGCAUUUGCUGUGUACUCGGAAACGGUGGACCUCAUCAAGUUCUUGAUGUCACUAAAGUCCUUCUCAGAUACCUCGGUGCCAGCACAAGAGAAGAUAUUUGCAGUUUUAUGCUUGCGUUGCCAGUCUCUGCUGAACAUGGCGAUGUUUCGAUGUAAAAAAGACAUAGUCAUGAAGUAUUCUCGCACGCUUACUGACCACUUCAAGAGUUCUUCCAAAGUGGCCCAGGCACCUUCUCCGUGCACGGCAAGAAGCACGGGUGUUCCGUCCCCCCUCUCCCCAAUGCCUUCUCCUGCCAGCUCCGUGGGGUCCCAGUCAAGUGCUGGCAGUAUGGGGAGCAGCGGGGUGACGGCCACCGUCAGUACCCCAGUCGCCAUCCAGAAUAUGACCUCCUCCUAUGUCACCAUCACCUCCCAUGUCCUUAAAGCCUUUGACCUUUGGGAACAGGCAGAGGCUCUUGCAAGGAAAAAUAAAGAAUUCUUUGCUCAGCUCAGCACAAAAGGACGCAUCUUGGCCCUCAACAGCAGCCUGGUGGACCUGGUGCACUACAUAAGACAGGGUUUGCAGCGGCUGAAACAGACCUCCAAAACUCCCUAAUGCAGGCCGGGCUGGCUGGAUGCCUCGGGAUGUCUUUGCUCAAGCAGAAACCUUGAUCCAGUAUGGACCGUAGUCUGAGCGGCGUGUCAAAGAAGAGAAGCACCAUGAGCUGCCAGGAUGCUUGUCUUAACUCACAGGAGCUGUGUGGCCAUCGGAGGGACGCUGGUCAGCAGAGCGGAUGGCGGGAAGUGAUCUUGCCUUUCCGGAAGGAAGGGCGGAAGUGCAGUGGAGCCUGAGUGGCAUACGAACGGUCUAGAAACAUUUCUGAUUUUUCUGUUUGUUUGUUUGAACAAUAGCAUACACAUUGCAAAUGAGAGGAAGAGAACAAGUUUUAAGUCUGACAACAAAUUCUUGUCAUCUCAGUAGCCACACUAGUUCAUGUCUGGAAGGAGUUUUUAUUUUUUGAAUAAUAUUUUUUGGUGAAGGGUUUUAUGGGUAUUUUUUUUUUUCUUUUCGUGUUUUAAAGGAAACAUUUAGUCCAUUCUAGUGGCCACCUGUGAAGCAGAAGUGAAGGCCACUCCACCGCUCCUCCCCCUGCAGGGAACAGUGGCUCUGAUGACACCCAGAGGUUCCGUCUGGAGUGUCCCUCCCAGUGCCUGGAGUCCUGCACACUGUCGAGCCCUGGUCCCUCUGGCUGUGCUUGCUGAAAAGCCUCCCUCAGCCCAGAGGGGCAGCAUUUAGAUCUGGGAGCCCUCGUGCGGUCUUCCCCACACCUCCGGAGGCCUCACAAUUCCUCCUGCCACACUCAGGGGAAGGAACUUGCCGGGCAGCAUGCUCGGCGUGGUGUGGCUUGGGCAGAGGGAGCCGUGUCCAGCUUGGGCAGGAGGCUGACACACUUGACGCGUCUGCUGGAGCUGGGAUCCAGGUGCUGACGGGACUGUGGCUGCUCGUGAACCCGAGAGCAAGGUGAAGUCUUCCUAGAGAGGCUGUAUUUUUCUGCUAAAAUAUUUUAUAUUUAUAGCAAAACUCAACUUUCUAAAGCCCUUGACUACCCAGGGGACAUUGGCCCCUGUGAAGAUGUGGAGACUUGAGGGGAGGGGACAGAUAAUUCAACUUAAAAAAAAAAAAAAAUCCACUACCAUACAGCUUCGUGCAGACCAUGUUCUCAGGUGUCACGAUUUGAUGAGGUUGGGAAGACCCGUGACCUCAUGGCUAUACCCCGUCCACAUACGUUAGCAUCACUGACAGGAAGUGAGAACACACCAGAAUUCACACCUGCUUCUAAGCACAGGCUGGUCAUUGCACCUUUGAAGGUCAUCGCUGAAUACGUUUGAGUGCAGUGGUUGUUUUCUGUUUUGUUUUUUUCCUUCUAGAAAGUAGAAUUUGCACAUGCAUUCACAUGGAGGUAACUGGUUUUUUACCCACUCACUGUCUCUGCUUCCUGCCAGCCAUGUUUGUGAGUUCGCAUUUAUAGAUCAGUGGAGACAGGAGACCACCUUUCCUUAGCGAGGGCGCCUGUGGUCCCCAUGGUAAGACAGAGACUCUCUUGGCACCUUGGUCAGUCUUCACAGGGACUCUGGGUGAGUGCAAUGCCUGCUUUUCUGGGGCACAGUGUGUGCUCCUCUCUGUGCGGUGUUCCUCGGUCCUCUCGGCCUUUUAUCCUGGUUUGGAUAAAGCCUUGUGCAUAUCUGAGUAUAGGCCAUGGCUGUGACCCGGCUCAGCAGGUUUCUUUAUUGAUGUUCUGAAGCAAAGCCCUUUUUCUCUCUGCGGCUCAGAUAACAGUUUGUGGGAGGUUGUCUCCGAGCUGUGCCACCUCUUCAGAGUUGGCCUGCGGGCACCUCGGAUCUUUUCCCUCUUGCAUGGCUGCCUGUCAGUUGUGAAUGGGUAUGAUCCUUGCGGCGGGUUUUGAGAACGUGUGUGUUCUACCAUCGGACCACUGUGCCCCUUGACUGGGCGCACUCACCAGUGCAGGAAGAACGGGCUGCCUCAUUCUUGGUAUGGACGUGUUUCCUCAACUCUGUAUACUACGAUUUGUAUCUUGAGAACUAACCAAGUUGGACAGCUGCAUUUGUAUCAGGUUGGUGUGAAGCUCUUGCUGGUUUUCCCACAACUCUGUACCUGAAGCGGGAGAGCCGUCUCUGGUCAGUUCUGGUCUUGCUUUCACUGGAGAAACCUGAAGCCUCUUUGAAGCCAUUUGCACUUUUCACUGUAUGCUAACAGUCAGUUCCCAAAAGGCAAAUUAAUUUGGGAGGACUAUAAAAUGAACCCUUUGAAUGUGUGAUGCUCUGAUAACCAUAGAGAACACACAUUUAUUUCAUGGUGAGGAGUGAAUAAAUCAAUCUUGCCUUUGUCUCUACAAAGGGUGUGUGUGCCCGUCUGUCUGCAAUAGAAAGUAGAGGAACACACUUUUUCCCAAGUGUUGAAUGUUUUCUAUUUUGGAAAUAAGUAAAAUUUCAUACAUGUAAAAAACCCUGCUCUGUCAUAAAAAGCAACGCUGCUAAAUCGGGUUGCCAAGAGGGCAGGCCAUGCAGAAGCAGGACAGGAGAGGCGAGCAAGCGCUAGCCAGUGGUCCCUCGCACUUGUACGGGAAAUAGCUGUAUUUUUCUUUAAAAAAAAUUUUGUAGAUGUUUUGACAAAAAUGUCUUAUCCAUUCCCUGGACAGACUGGACCAUCCCCACCCAGCCCCAUCUGUGUUUGGUAGGUCUUAGGAAGCUUAGCACACUCUUCCCUGUCGUAAUUGAAAAUGUGCUUUAGCUGAUACCUUACAUGUUGAUGGUAGGGACAGACUCUCGUUUUACGAUUCCUGUUUGGAAACUGUCAGGAUGACUGUGCGCCUCAGUGAUGGCAGAGGGUUGGCAGGCUUGGCGAGACAGAUCUGUGCCUUUGUACCAAAUGUAAUUUCUGAAGUGAUGCUGUUCAUUUUGCCACAGCGUCAAGUGGUUUCACAGGUUUUCUGUUUACUUUCCUGCUUUGUGAAGUUUGAAGUGAGUUGGUCUAUAUAUAUAUAUAUAUAUAUAUAUAUAUAUAUAUAUAUAUAUAUAUAUAUACACUUUAAAAUAUAUAUAAAUCUUUCCACGCCUCCUACAGAUUCCUUCUUUUUCUUAAUAAUUCAUUUCCCCAACACUACAAAAUGUCUUUGAAAAUUUACCAUUUCAUCUGUUUCAAUCUUUACCACCGGUUAGAGUAUUUAAAUCUCCUAAGAAUAUUUUGGGCUCCUUUUAGAAACACAGAAGUAUAGGCUUUCUCACUGAGCUGUGGAGAUGCUAUGAUCAACUUUGAUGUCCCUCUCCUGCCUAUUUCGGUUGGUUUUGGUCCAUUUGGAAAUAAUGGAUGUGAGGGCUUUUCCUGUGCCUUUAAUUUGUCCUUCUGCGGAAGGGCAGAAGGGCAGAAGGGCAUGGUGUUGGGAUGUUCCUUCAAAAUCUGCAAGUGGUAUUUGUGCCAGGCAGUCCUGCAGUGUGCCGUCCAAUUAUGCCGAUUCCCCGUUGGCUGAGAACAGUUGCUGAAUGCCCAUGCUCUUAGGGACACACUGAAAAACACCAUUGACAUUUCUUCAGGCGACUGUCAGUUUCUCGGUUCCUUGGGGCUGACUCACACUUUAUUCUGUUCUGCUGUGCACCUGACAUCAGCAGUGACCAUCAUGUGCAGACGAAUGCCUCUUUUCCUACCCAAGAGGGAGCCAGAGGACAGGGCGGAGCCUGGAGCUCCCUGUGAGCCUGUGGAUUGAUUGCUACAUUGUCCAUGGGACACUGGGAUGGGCCAGCCAAAGGCAGGCCACGCUGCACUGUUGGGCCGGGCAGUGGCUGCCCCAAGGGAGAUGAACUCGCGUUGUCUUAGCAGUGCUCAAUACAGGCAGUAUUAAGUUUGCCGUUUGCUCAGGCCAUGUGGUGCACAUCCUCAUGAUAUCAGGCAGACGCUGUUCAUGUUGCGGUGUGGGCAUGUGUGUCCCGAAUCUUUUUUUUUUUUUUUUUUUUCUGAAUGUGAUCAUGUUUUGGAUGAUACCUGAGCAGGGUUGCCUUUUUUUAUUUAUUACCAUUAUAUAUUAUAUUAUAUAUAUUAUAUAUUUUCUUUCUUAUAAUGUUAGAAAAAAGUCAGAUCUUGGGAUUAAAAUUGCUUUAAGGAGGAGUAGGUUGCCCAGGUGAUGCUGAAAUCACUGGUCUGCCUUUACUGAGUCCUUGAUCCCUGUGGAGUAGGUGCCGGCUAGCACCAGUGCAGUGGUUUUGGCUGCGGGCUAGGAAGCGCUGAUCUCCCAGCGAAGAGGGGCAACGCAAAUCCGGGGAAACGCCACAUUACCUUGUUUUUGUUUUUUAAUCAGCUUCAGCAAUAGAACUGCAAACUUGGCUUUUGUGAAUAAAAUUUAGCUGCCUUGUGGAAUCCUUUGAAAGAGGCAGACAUGAUCUGUGAGAGAAUUCUUUUUUUUUUUUAAAGAAAAUCUGCAAAAGAUCUUUCCAAAGAUAAUGUGCCACAGAUCUUUUUUUUUUCUCUGUAAUGAGGAUUAAGUGCUGUUUUUAAAAAAUGUAAUUGACUUGUUCAUCUUCACAGUCUUUCCUUUCCACAAGAUCAAACUGUAGAAAAAAAUAUUUAAUAAAAAUUUAGAGAAAUCA